AUGUGACUUCUGACGUUUCAGCCGAGUCCUGCUAAAAAGAAUUUGAGGGAAUGAUCCCGCUGCUCACCAAGGGGAUCCACGGAGGCUUCCUGACGUCCGCUUUGAGGAAGUCUGAAAGUUAGCCCGUCUGCCGACUGACUUUUUGUACCCGAAGACUGAGUCGUAAUGUCUGGCGACGCGGAGAGGCGAGAGGUAAAGUUAUUGAUUUGUUCGAACAUCCGACUGUGUUCGUGUGAGUGUGCUGCAACUUUGAAAGGCUUACUUUUUAUUGUACACACUGUUUUGCGCUUCUCAUUGUGGUUUUUGACUAGUUACCCUGAACUACAGUCGGUCUUAGUCGAUGCAGAAACUACUUUGGUGCUUUGACAGAAUCGACUUUGUCCUGUUUAUGUGUCACAUUUUGUAACUUCCUCUGUGAAGGCAAAGUUUUAUAUGAGUCUACACUGCAGCGGGGUUACUGUGUUUAACUGUGUUUCCAAUGGAGCCUGUAAUUAAAUGUUGCUGAAAAACUAACGUGAACAUUUUUACAUUAAUUAACAGUAAGCUACAUAAGCUCAUAAUUGUGUAGCUUGAGAAGGAAAAGGCAAAUAGAGCUUGUAAUUGUGUGUAUGCGAGGGCAGUAAGCAACAGUGUCGUUUGGAGUCUAAGUUCCUAUAGAAUCAUUAUAGUGACACCAUGGGGGAUUAUAAAUAGCAAUGCCAUAAACAGGGAUGUCUCUUGAAAUAAAUCCACAGACAUUACUGGCAUAUUUGGUGGUUUAACAACCCAUUAAUUUAGUGAGGGGCUUUUAAUUUAUGGCAAAGAAUCCACAUUAUUAAUAUUACUCUAAAAGACCUACUCUAAUCAAAACAAUAAAAUAUGCAUCUUACUAUUGUUUCAAGAGAAAUCCUGAUUUUGGUCCUUUUUUUUGUCAUUUUCUUGCAUAAUUAGUUGCACUGUUGAUAUUGUUUGCUCCUGAAUUCUCAGUAGGAUGUAUAACAAAAGAGGAGUGGCAGGAAAGUAAUCCAAGAUUUAGUCAGUUACACUUUUUCAAUGUAAUCUUGAGAGUCUUGCAAUAUAUCAUAAACAUGCAUGUGUACGAAUAACAGCUCUUAACAGCAUCUCCAUAAGGAAUUGACUAUUUGGAGUGUGUCAGGUGUUAAAUACAAAGAUCAUACCACCCAUUAAAAAUACUUGCAUAGACUUUCAUUUCAGUUUUUACAUUGUGUGAGCCCCCUCCACUGCUUCAAGAAAUGUAUGGUAAAAUGUAAUUGCUAGUUUGGCUGAACUAUGCCUGAGGCCCUUAAAGCAGGAGUGUAUAGACUCCAUCAGCUUUGCUGCAGUACUGGAUGUCUUUGACUGUUCACGUAAACUUAGAAGGAAAUAAUGUCAUGACUUUAUGUACUAAACUAUUGCCAGAGUGUAAGGGUAGUUGACGUCUGCUCCCUCCGUCUCUUCUAACCCCCCUCCCUCUCUGGCUGUGACUCAUGUGGGUGUAGGGCUGAAAUAGUUUGGUGUAGUUUUACAUUCCUUAUAUAGCCUCUGAGGAGAGGCUAGGGCUUGCCUGUGUCACACACACACACACAUACACACACAUACACACACAGUGUUGGGGGGGGGCAGGGUUUGCCAACAGAGAGAGAAUCUGCUUGCCCCAGCUUACCUUCUCUUUAGCUUUCUCCCAGUGUUUUGCCUAUCGGCUGUCCCUUGAGGACAAGGUAGGUUUGCAUUGUAGAAUCUUGGGUAGCUAACCGUAUGUCACAGAGCGUAUUGACACCCGGUAAAGUUGAGGGGGAGGAGGAGGAGGAGGAAGAAGAGGAAGGGCUUGGUUAGGGGUGCAGGUAGAGAGGUCAGUGGUACAGCCAUAAAUAAGAGUGACAUAGCCCUGCGUUUCAGGUUGCUUUUGGUUCUUAAAAUUACCUGUUCAGUGAGGUAUUCAGUGUCAAUUAUAACCCCUAAUGAUGUUUUUUUACUGUCAUUUUUAUUGUUAACCUGCACAUUUUUAGCUAUGUGAAAUAUGAAAGGUCAAUUAAAGUUUGUUUGUUGUGAGUAAGUAAGCCUGUGUUCAGUUAUAGCUUUGCAAUUACUUAAAUACAGUCGAGCUGGCUUUUACUAACUUUAAAAUUAAGAGGUAAAGUGUUGAGUAUUGCCUCCGUCUUUAUUGUGCAGUAGAUUCAUAGCGACAUUUCCGUAGUACUCAUUUGCAUUCGUUUUGUUACACUCUCCAUAAAAAUGCUCCUCUCAGAUUACAAUGCAACAGAUAGCAGCUUAUUCAUUUGUGUGUUGAUAAAUGUAGGAAUGUCUCAUCCAAGCAGCAGCAGCAGCAGCAGCCGCUCUGGUAUUUUAUCAUCUUAAAAGUUUUGUAAACAGCCUCAUUCUUCCACUUUAAUUGAUUAUCCAAAAAUGCAUAUUUAACAAGGCAGUGUGACAUGGAUUUUAUUAGAAGAGGACUCCUUGAGAAUUAAGAGGCGAUGUUCUCUGGAAGAAAACACCAAUAAGUGUCGGUUUCUGUGUAGAUUGUGGAAACAUAUGCGAAGUCCAGCAGCUAUAAGCUUUUGUGGUUUUAUAUCUGUACUAAUGAAGACACUGUUUCCUGUUUUUUUUUUUUGUCCCCUAAGGCUAUGAGCGCAUAUACUGUGACCCUCAGUGGUCCAGCGCCCUGGGGCUUCAGGCUGCAGGGAGGGAAGGACUUCAGCAUGCCUCUCACCGUGUCAAGGGUAAGAAACUGUUUGUGAUUGGAAUCGACUUUUUGCUUCUCUGCACCUGCUCUUGUGGCACUCUGCUGUCUUUGACAAGAGUUAAGAGUCUUUAAAGAAAUUUAUGUUCCUCCAAGGUUCUUUCUAAGAUCUUUGAUAAAUUGCAGCGACAGAUAGUUUUUAGUAGCCAUGGUUACCAUAUAAUGACUCCACCUGAGCAUAUGCAUGCUCCUUUGUUGUUUUUCUCCCCUGUUUGGUUUGCCUUUUGGUAGCUGUGCUCACUCAGACUGUUCGUUCUUGAUUUUUAUGGUGCAUUACCACCUCAUGGAGUCAGCUUUAACAUCCACUGACGUUGCAUCAUUAGGAUUAAAAGCACGGACGGACAAGCUGUUGUGUGUCUCUCUGUGCUUUGUACUCUCCAUGUUGGGUCACUACCUCUCCAAUAAAUGAAUUGUCAAAGAGUCUAUAAACUGCCGUCACUAUUCAAGAGAGCAGCAACCACUUUCCAGGCCUUAUAAGUGCACCGCUGCUUUGCCUGACAAACACACAGACUCUUCAGUUGCAGCCUCACACGCAUGCGCACGCAUAAAAUCAUUCCAACGUUGCUGCCAGCUAUUGCCACACAUAUCUCUCCUUCUAUUAUGCACUCAGUCCCUAUUGACGUUGUUACAUUGCUACCCCAGAGACUGAGGUCAUUUAAGAGUGCUAGACUGAUUUACAUUUUAUACAUCUUUGACUCUGAUCUGUCUUUGCAGCUUCACUUUUUAGAGAUAAUUAGAAGUUAAUAGGUAAUUAUACAUGGGUCAGGCCUCCCAAGGUUAACCCACAUGCUCCCAGUCCUUUAAACACCUCCCAAUUGUUUUUUUGUUUGCGUAUGUGAGACAGUUGAAGUGAUUAAAACCUGCAAAUAGAUGAUGUGGCAUUUUAUGUGUCUUUGAUUAAUAAUGAUAAGUAGGAUGUCUCAUAGCUGAGGCUGUUUUGUGUUGAAAGUAGCACAGGUUGACGCGUGUACUGUGUAGAGCUGAUGUAAUCUAGUUGUUAGGACAGUAGUUAUCACCAGCCUUGUCAGUACAUGUCUUGUGUCUGUUCCCUGGCAGCCUUCACAUACAGGAACCUGACGUUCCCCUAUGAUUCAUGACAAAUAACAUCUUCUUCUACCCAUAAAAGACCGAGCAGAUGUAAAAACCUGAUUCGACAACUGGUCCAAGACAAACAUGGGUUUUUGGAGUGAUGUAGGAGCAUACAAGGAAUUUCACCCUACACUGGCAAGCAGUAUCAGAGUGAAUGUCAGUGGGUGUGCCAGUAGUUGUAGUUGAAUCAUCUGGAGCCAGCGCAGAAGGCCAGUUUUUCUGCAAUCCAGGUAUCUUAGACUUAAUGAUCCACUUUCUAUGCGGACAGAAACACAGCUCAAAGCUCUGUUCUGUGACGAUUAAGAACACCUCUGUUAGUGUCUUAGACAUUUUGUUGGACUCAGUUUAGUCUAAGCAUCUUGAGGAGAAAUUAAUAAUGACUGCUAAGAUUGGAGAUAAUGACCGGUUAGUGGCUAAUAUCUUUGUGGCUUGUUCUUGGAGUCACCUGGCUUCAGGCUACAGGAGUUAUUAGGAUGUCACAGGAUUUUCUCUCUGGCUUUGGCUCUCCUCGCAUUCGUCAUAAAAAGACAGGCAGGUGAAUCACACAGGCACAGAGGAUAAAAACAGCCAGGCAAGGGAUGUAAACCUCAAAGAUAUACAGCAUCCCCCAGUAACUGGAAAAGAAAAGCCAGGCCUUCACUCAGUAGACUUAUGCUGGAUGAAUUUAGUGGGUGGUCUUUCCUAACUGGACUGUAGCUGAUGAGAUAAGUAUCUGUGCACAGACAGUGAGUGACAGGCCAUUACUCAAUGAAGAACAUGUGGAGUGACAGGACAAAAAGCUUGGACUCAUUAAUCUCCUCAGAGCUAUCCCCUCCAGUCUCUUUGCCUUGCAGCAUUUAGCUAAGUGUUUUUGGUAUGGAUUAAAUGACAGUUAUUGUUGUUAAGACUUAGUCAUUUUUGUGCUGAUUGUUAUUUAGCUCAUUUAUGUUGGGCCUCGCUGGCAAAUUGCAGCAUCAUCGAUAACACAAGUUUUAAUCAUUGACAGAGUUUUUUUUUUGUUUUGUAAUGCGGAUUCUGAUACACUUAGCAUUGAUUUGGAAAGUUAUGGGUCUGACGACUUACAUCUUUGUGCGCGCGCGUGUGUGUGUGUGUGUGGGUGGGGGGGUUCUAUGCUCCACAAAUGCUUUUGUUUCCUUCCUCCUCCGUCUGUGAGCCUUGAAAUCUAUGCUUUCUCAGCAUUCCUGGCAUUUUCCUCGUAUCCACCCUGUCACUGCCAACAGAAAAUCCUCUUGUCUCCUCUCUGUGUCUAAUAUGUCUUCCACACUCACUUUUCUUGAGUUGAUGGACUCUCUCAAUCCGAUUGGAAUACUUUCCAAGUGAAAUCAGGAAGGGGGCCAGUGCCAAGACAAACAGUUAAGUCAUAUAGAAGAGAAAAUAACUUUCUGUUCUCAGCAUAAUCUGCACGCACCCAUUUAUCAACUCCGAAACUAUGCUCUGAACUUAAAUUCAACUCCUUUUUUACAACAAUAUCCUAAUUUUAGUUUCCUCUGUGUGAAAUUAAAUCUUUUAACUAGUAAAACCAUCACACAGUCAUUUUCACCACAAAGAUUAAAAUAAAAGAAACAACAAGUUGGUCUUCUUUCAGUUUAACUGAAAUCUAUCACAAGUUAACACUCAUAUAUCUCUUUUAUAUUUUUUAAGUCCAAGUUUCUUCAUCCUUUUAUUUCUCUUUUGUAUUUAUCGCUGCUGUAAAUUUGGAAUUUCCCCCUGUGGGACUAAUAAAGGACUAUCUUAUCUUAUCUCCUGGUCACCCCUUUGUUACUCAGCGGCGUUUCCCCUGAGCAGUCCAAUUUAGUUCAGUUUUACACAAUCCGCACUUAUUUGUGUUUCUACUGUCAAAAGAAAGGAAAGGUAUCUGUACCGUCCUACUUUUUUGGAGCCCUUAUGAUGGGGUGCCCGGUGUACCUAUCUCACCCUGGAGGGUCAAACUACACACUUUUUUUUGUUAAUUGAAAAAAGAGGAAGAGAUCGUACUGGGUUUUAUCUCUUUAAAACGUACAGUAUAUAAUGUACUGUUUUAUCGAUAUCAGGCAGUGCUCACGGGUAUUGUACCGUUGUUGGAGUUUGGUCUUAUGAUGCUGAAUUAAAUACAGAGAUACCAGCUGAGCGAUGAGAGGGGCCCAGUGAUGGAUGCAAAAAAGAUGGAGAAAGAAGAAGACAAGAAGAAGACACAAGAAGAAAUAUUAACAAAGCUUUUCUGCAGUCAGUGUGGUUAAUGACGGUUUCCCCCAAACUAAGCUCACUCUUAUCUAAAUUUCUGUUUUUGGUUACAUGUAGCUUUGGACAAAAGUGUCGACUAAAUGACUUUGUAUGAAUUGUCUAAUAUGCUGACACACUGAAAUGAAAAUGGGGCCGUCCCAGAGCUAUCACACAACCAACACACUUCCUGCAUGAAGCAUCAGGGUGUAUUGUAGGCAGUGGAAAUGCAUGCAAGAUCAGGGUUUACCAUACCAAACUGUACCAAGCUGUCCAACACAAGUGUCAGCAAACCUGGCGUCUGAACCCCAACAACUUCAGCCUGCUUGAUUGUCCUGAUUAUCAUUGAUACAAAAUGGAAUUAGAUAUCAGUGACUUUCAGCUUGUAAUCAACAGGAAUCCAACAACUAGUUUGACCUUUCUCGAUGUAGGGUGCCUUGCAAGAUCUUCAAAUUGUCUACAUGGAAACAUUUGGGUCAAGCUUCAAAAACCAUAUCCAAGCAUGCAGCUCAACAGUGUUUCAUUACAACCCGGCCUGCUCUGUGCCAGUGCCUUUUUUUAAUUCAAACCAUAAGUUAUCAACAUAAGAUUUCAUUCGUAAAUGAAAACCUUCAGUCUCUAAACCUUAGCUAAUCAUCCACCCUUGAUGAUAUCAUCAGGGUUACUUCACCAGACUUCCAAAAGCGCCGCCAAAACCAUAGGGGACAAAAUCUCAUUAUUUUCACAGAAUGAGUCAUCGUGAAUUGUAGACCAACCAAUGCCAGGAUAGAAACUUAGUGCAAACACUUGUCAAGACCAGAAAAAAUGAAACUGAACUUUAUGACGCAGACAAGUAAUGUGAUUCUGUGGUUUUGCAGUAGUGGCAUUGGAGCUACUUGAGUCCUUGAGUGCCGAGAGAUUGUCGUCCAACAGCUAUCUCAUACGGUUUGGUCAAACAUGGGUUAAACGUCCAGUCAGACCUUUUCACACACAAGGAGAAAACUGAGAACUGAAAAUCUGAGAAGACUUGGUUGAGCUGAUGUGUCUUACCCUUUUCAUGCCAACAUAAGCACCAGCUCUUUUUUCAGAUUCCUUAAAGACUUCCCUGACCUUGAGGAGACAGAGGCCUACUUUUGGUAAACCAUAUCUUUCUCCCCACGUCUUCCUCGACAUCCUGUUUUAGCUGGAAAGGCUUAUAAGUUCAGAAAGCACAGUCGUCGUAACACUUUCAUUGCCGUUCAGUCUACCCCAGUCUGUGUCACUCCUGAAACUCCUCUGAGGGGUUCCUCUUUGUAUCUGCCCCAGAUCUCGUGCCAUCCUGAUUACAUAAACAUUAUGAUACUAUAACAGGGCCCUUCGAGCACCAUCUGCUUUCUAUCAACAAACACAUGCCACACCGCUGAAUCAAAUGUUCGGAGGAAAUUACAGAUGAUGUCAAGUCAAUAAAUAAGAGGGCAGAUUUGUGAACACCUCUCAUCCAACACAGCUGGAUGUGUCUCGAGUCUUAUUUUCCUGUUUCUGUGAGUGUCUCCGUCCAACUUGUUGACCAUCUGUUGCUUUAUCACUUGUAGCCCUUAAACCACUUCUCCUCCCACGCAUACACACACACAACAGAAGGAAAAGAGGCCUUGUUAGAGGGCUGGAUUAAUAAUUCAGGACUUUCUGAUAGAUUGCUUGCAGGGGGCACUCGGUUUGUGACUUGCUGGAUGUGAAUGUCUUAUGUUGUGAUCAGUGCAGCACUGUUUUAAGGUGAAUUAGUGCUAGGUGUUCCUCUGAAGUCAUUAUGGGGGGACCACAUACGUGCAGGUUUGGUUUUCUAUUUCUCAGAGGGAUAUUUAUGGCUUUGCAUCAGCUGUGCUGUGUGAGUGAUGUAAGGACAGACUGUCUCUCGGCCCCCAAAUAGCCGUGGAAAGAAUCAAACUGGCAGAGUAACUCUGCCCUUAGCUCAGUGUAUCCACAGCUGUAGAUAAAUUUUACUGCAUUAUAAAUUUGACCAAAAACAAGCAUGAGACGCCGUAGGGGAGUUGGAGGGCCUAGCUCACCUGGAGGGUCAGUCAGGGGGAGCACUUCAAAGGUGAACUCAAGACGAUGCAUUUUGAAAGGUUGGCUAAUGCUUUGAAAUUCGAUAGCAUACCAAAACAGCUCUGCUGUGGUACUCUGCCAAAAAGCCUUGAAACAGGCCGCUAGCUUGAAGGCUAACACAGUGGUUGUGAGUAACUUCAGGCGGGUGAGGUAUGUUACAAUCAUUUUUGCACGAGAGGAAAAAUCUAUCAAACAGCAGACAGAAGAACCGGCUGAUUAAAAAAUCCAUCUCCUUCAUGGUGUUACUGUACAUUGUGACUAUAAACCAUCAUGUCAGAUCCCUGGUUGUUUUGAGGCACACAGCAGUGUGUUGGAUUUAAGAACAUGUUUUUCACUGUCCUUCCCCUUAUUGACAAACUGCUGGAGGGGUAUUGGAUUACUAUCCGCCCCCUACCAACCAAAGGUCUGAGCGAAGCAACUUUAACUGCAGCCUUCUCAAGUGAGGGAGCAGCUGCACUCUGAACCUGAGCCAGGAGCACAGGUGUCUGUGUCCAUCACUAACUCCACUCACACAGACACACAUGCACCUCCAUUUACCAUCUGCACUCUUUAUGGCUUCAUAUCUGCUCCUCUUUUAGGUCAGUAAUAAACUUUUGGUUCAUAUGGGACAAACUGAAGGCAAAGGCAAUUUAAAGGUCAGAGAUUUAUUUUGGUCAUCAGGCUGCAAAACAGGUUAUGUGCUCUCUGAAAAUCUUCUGUAUGAACUCUGCGCCUGAAGCUGUUCACAAAUUUAUUCUUUAGAUGAAGGUGGUGAUGAGAAAACAUCAAACACAAAUCUCCUUAACUUUACUCCUUUAGUCUUGAUCUGGAGCGUGAAAAAUGGUUUUCUUUGUUUUUUACAUUCAUCAACAGAGUCACAGACCUGAUUUGCUCUCUGUGGAGGAGACGUUUGUAGAUCCCCUGCUCCACAUUUAUUCAGAAUUGUCCUUUUAAUCGGCCACCUGUCUAUGUUACCUGGGUUGUAUUAUCAAAUUAAGACUAACUUUGGCUCUUAUAGUCUCUUUUAUAGCCCAAUAUAACUCACAUAAAGGUCUUUAUUAUUUUUCCUCAUAAGCUGACACUGAUUAGGUUUUCUUUUCAGGUUGUCUAUGACUGUACAGGCUAUGAGCUUUUUUUUUCUUUUCUCUUCAAGCUUUCUGGAGGCUUUGAGCACCUUUUGUGGUGAAGGCCCUUGGGAAACACAAACAAAAUCAUUGCUUUAUUUUGGUAGAAUUACAAGGCGUUCAGGUUUUACAGUAAAGUCGUAAAAAGAGGGCUGCAGCUCUUUGCAGUGACCUCGAUGGCAUCAAGCCAGACCGUGCCCCCCGUAUGCAUAUGCCACUUAUGUCCAUGUCAUAGCUGUUUUUCUCUAGUGUAAGCUUGGGUUCCUUCUUAACUGUGAAAAAUGCUAUCUGUCGUGACCCUCUAAUUGCUUCCAGUGAAUGCGAAUCAAGGCAAUUAAAGUGAUGUUUGAACUUGGCUGUAAAGUGAGUCUGGCUUGGUUUGCCCCCGAGGAAUGCUUUUCUUCCUAAUUUUAGCCUUGCUGUGUUUUGAUGUAAAGCAGGCUUUAACUUUGCUGUCUUUGCAGGCUGGGGAGUAUUUUUUUUUAUUCUGAGCUGUCGUCACUUUACAGAGCAUAUUACCCGCUGCUCGCACCGGUGUUUGUGUUUAAUGUGAAGAAUCAAAGCAGCAAGUGUGAUAGCUUAGCCGAACAUGGCUGAAAACUAUUGAUUGAACCGCUGAGUCCUCUGAGCUUUUGAUGAGCUAACAUUUGCAGGGAUCCAUGACAUCAGAGAGUAAUCCUAAUAGGUUUUUUUUUUUUCCAGAAAUCCUGGCACCCGCUCACUUAUCUGAUGCUGAACACUUUGUACUCCAGUUAUCUGAGAAUUUGACACAAGUCUUGAGUUUCAUUAAGCUGCAUGGGCAAGCUGACUAAGCCCUUACUAAACAGGAUUUGGCAUCUCUGCCAUGUCCUUGAGAAAUACUAACACACAGAGAGCAGACAGUGUAGUUUGUGUACAUGUAGGAAACCAUUACUACCUAUACAGACUAUGCGAAGUUUCCCUUUUUUCAAACAAGACUCCAGCCUUUCGCUCUGACUCAAAGCAAAUGCAGUCUGUGUGACACCCCCUGUGAGGAUGACGUCAUCCUUUUGUCGGUGAAACCUGUGACUUACCUGUGUGGGUUGAGAAGGAGGUGGCUGUUCCAGUAAAUGCUGUAACUAUUAGAAACAUAUGGUCCCUGUCUGCAGCUUUUAAGAGCUCUUUUCAUAGUCAGAAGUCACAUCUGCAGUUAAUCAUAUGCUGAUGACUGAUGACAUCAUGAUGACCUGUAAACGCUGUUCCUGACAGUGUUGAGUGAAACAUCUCGGCUGACUAGUCAGACCCAGACACACAGACUCCCUGAGUCUACCAUUAAGCUGUGUUAACAGAAAUGACAGGAAAGUCAAGUGACCAUGACUCUUAGUGUGUUUACACUUCCCUGAAUUUGGCUUUGAGCUGCUUGCAUGUAUGAGAUGAGGCGUUCAGUGAGGUCAUAAAAUGAUACUGAAAGACUUUUUCACUCUAAUUUUCUAUCCGCUGACCAAACAAGGAAAAGUUUAAAAGAUGUCUGUUGUGUUUUGUGAUUACUCCCAGACAUAAAGAACAACAUACAACUCAAUGCUGCGUUCGAGUAACCUCAGAAGUCAGAAGUCUGAGCUGGUAUUACGUCACUUCGAGUUACCAGCGUAAGUCAGAAGAAAGCAAAAUCGGAGGGGAAACAAACCAGCUACAUCUACCAAAGUUAUUUUAGCGCUUGCCUUGUCCGAAUAUGAGCAAGGAAAAGGCAAGCGCUAAAAUAUCUUUCGUAGAUGUAGCUGUUUUGUUUCCUCCUCUGAUAUUGCUUUUUUCCGGCUUGGUAACUGAAACGCUGGUAACUCGGGUGUGAUGUCAGUCCCAGCUCGGACAUCUGACUUCCGAGGUAACUCAAACGCACCAUAAUACUGCAGAAAUCUGGACCUCAUAUGAUAUCAUGUAUUUGUCAUAUUUAAAGAUGGAGAACUCACUAAGAGUAACUAUUAGUGCCCUUUUAAACAUGCUUCAAUUCACCCCCCCCCUGUAAAUGCCCUGUUCCCACAUACCUUUAAUUUUUCUUCCUCUGUCUUUCUUUGUUUUCUUUUUUUCCAGUUGACCCCGGGUGGGAAGGCAGCCCAGGCAGGAGUCGGUGUCGGAGACUGGGUGGUGUCCAUUGAAAACACUAAUGCAGAGGAGAUGACCCAUGUGGAGGCACAGAACAAGAUCAGAGCGGCUUCAGACUCCCUCACUCUUACCCUCAGCAAGUAAGUCGCCCGGCAGUGCAUGAUGAAAUCAAACAGCACCUGACCUCUCAUCACCCUCCAUUUUUUCACCGGCUCCAACAAUCUAACACACCCUUUUUUCUUUUAAUGUCCUUAAAAUUAGUUUGGAUGUGACAGAUGGUAGCAAAACAUCAAAGUUACAACUCUAGAAGUUUUUUAUUUCAUUGUCUCGAUUUUACUAUUAAACGUUGUCAGAUUUGUUUUUUGCUGGCAAAGGUGUUAUCCACUCUGUGCCUCUCUUUUUCUACUAGAGUUAUUGGCAGAGUUUUAUACAUUGAACAGACUGCAUUAAACUCUGGUUAGAAAUGAGCAAAUGAGCCAAAAAGAACUCCCACAAAUUUCCAACAGACAACACUACCAUAUGGUAAUUGCUGCAGUACUUUAUUUUUGCUUACCAGUCGUUGCUGUUAAGAUGAGACGGAAAAUAAUUCUCCUGGCAUUUCAGUCUGUUUGGUUUUUCCACACCGUGCCCAAUUCAAUCCACAUAGAUUUCAAAUUUUGGCAAACUGUAGUUUAAUUACUCUCUUCUGCAAAUUCCCUUGCAGGAUUGGUGUUGUGCACAGCAUAUGCAGGUGGUUCUAUUUUUAGGUUUUUAUUUAUCACAGGCUUAUUUCUUUCAGAUGUUUGCCAAAGUCUUGCAGGCAGACAUGUCCUAGUUACCACGAACUGCCAAUUCCAAAGCAAUGUGUGGUUGCAACCGCAUCCAUUAGACAGGUGCACAAUUUAACCCAGAGCAAAACGACAAAGUAUGAUUGCUUUGCAUCACAGGUGGUUUGAAAGCAACAUGAUAGAUUAAAAUAGCCAGAACACUCCGGCCAGUAUUCAGACCCUCUCUAGGUUGAAAACUCAAAUCUUGCAAAAAGCAGGUACAAAGAAUUAGGGGUGGGAGAAAAAAUAGAUUCAUAUAAGUAUCGCGAUUUUUUGUUUUACAAUUUUGAAAUCGAUUUUUAUGUUCAAAAACCAAUUUUUUUUUUUAAUUUAAGAAUAAAUCUUAAAAACUGACUUACAUGUGAUGUGUAUUUUUUGAGGAAAUAUGGUUCCUUGAAUAGUAAGUAGACAAUCAUAAUCAUUUAACUGUUUCACUGGUGUUAGAAAUGCAGACUAAAGAUCGAGAAAAUCGACAAUAUCGUAGAAUUGCAAUUUAAAUCCAAUCGGCAUCCAAAAAAUCGUAGAAGGAUCGAAUCAGGAAAAAAGCAUAUUGUUCCGGCCCUACAAAGAAUGUAGGUGUUUUUUUCAGUCACAUUAAAAUAGACUUAAUCAGUCGACUUCAGAUAUACUUUAAGUACGCGUAACACUACAUGCAGUUACAUAACCUCUGCAGAUUGAUUUUUUGAGCUAAGAAGAGUAUUGUGCUGUAAAGGAGGCACAGGGUUUCUGUCUAGUUUAGCAUUAGAGUAAAAUUCGAUCUUUAUCAGUCCAAAAGUGUGUCUGAGUGUGGGUGAGUGGUCUGCACUUAGCAGCAGCUCUGCUUGCCAAAUGCUGUCAGGCUGAUACACUGGCCUUUGUUAAGUUGAAAUAAACAGAUUUCAGAGGAGCUGCAGGAACCUUACAUUAUGCUGUAGCUUUGUAAUGAAAUUAGAGAGACUCUCUUUAAUUAAAGCACUUUGUUUUGAAGUGUGAGCCAGAAAAAUCAAUGUUUUUAAUUUCGCUUGAGUUAUUUUAAUUAGCACUGGAUAACCUUCAUUCAGGCAGCACUCAUACCUGCUCUCAUAACUCCUGCCAGAAAAUCCUGUCAGAUAAAGUAUCUCUGUGGAGAACAAGCCUAAGUGUUAAGUCAGGAGCUUAAUUAUGAGAAAAGGAUUCCCCUCCCAAAAAAAUGUUCAAUCGUGUAACCAUUUGAGAAUUUAAAGCCUUCUGAAAGAAGAAAUCUACCAGCUUGUUAAGUAACAAAGAUGAGCCGCACUGCUGUCAUGGGACUCCUUUCGGUUUGGUAAUGGGCUCAGGUAAUGAGGCUGCGAGUAAUCACAAAUCUUUUCAUGUUUUGUUAGUUUGCUUUUGCUUGCCAAUAGGCUCAGCUGUAACAUGCUGACAGAAUGUCUUUGUUUUCCUUGUUUUGUUGGGAUUCAGAACAGUUUCAGGUCCUGAUAAAGUUUCUCAAAAAAACUAAAAAAACACUGGAACAUAAAAGGAUGUUUACAGACAGAGAUCAGGGUGAAUGUUGGCAACAAGAAUGUUCUGACAAAGACGGGUGAAAUACACGAUUUUUGAUUACUCUUAUUGUCAACUGAUGUGGUAUUCAGUGUUUUUUAAAAUGUUUUAGUACCCUGCCAAACCCAUAGCUGACAAGAUAUAGAGUAUCUGAGUUACUAGUCAAAGACAAAGAUACCGAUUAUGAGUCGGCAUGAUGAUUGUUUUCUGACAGACACAGGCCAAAGGUCUUAGAAACUUGUAGGAGACUGAGUUAGAGAGUCAUGGGUUAAAGUUUGAAAGUGGUUAUAAAAAGACAGCAAGAACAGAACAAAGAAGCGGGGUCUUUUUACUAUUAUUAUUAUUAUUUUUUAAUUAUUAUUAUUUUUAUUAUUAUUAUCAUCAUUGUGAGGGGUUAAGAAUGAGUCAUCAUGCUCUCUCCCGAGGGACAGAGCGUCUCUCAUACAUACCCUCCUCCCCUCUGUCUGAAAGCCUUUUUUAAAAGUCUGUUUUUGUACGUCUGUGUCUGGACUUGUUCAUCAUUUAAAGGCGUUUUAGUCGUAAGGACGAUCUAGUUUCAAAAUAAGGAACUGUUUACUUAAAAACCCCAGACAUAAGUUCAGAAGUUCGUAGGAGUGAAGAAUGGUUGUCUCAGAGAGAAUAUCGUAAUGUUAUUGAGAAAAAGUUUGAAAAACCCAUCAUGUUUACUUAACAAACUUUUAGAUCUUUCUGAGCUUCGCCAAUUCGAUUUUUCAUCUCUUUGUGGAGUCCUGCUUUUGUAAAUAUAUCACCUUCCUCCCCUCCCCUGAAUCCCUCGCCUCCUCUCCAUUUCCCAUUGUUAUUACUCUGUAAGACAAGCAAAUAAUGUUUUCCUGAAACAUUUCUCAGAGAAGCUCCACUGUCAGUUUUUAUUUAUUCGUAUCUUGGCUCCAGCACAGCCUGUUUCAUAUCAAGGAAGGAAGACAGAUGCACGGUGAUGAGAUAUGGUCUAUUGUUUGGUUGAGUGCCUCAUUUUGUUCAAACCCAGUGAUCAUCUCCUGCUUUAUGAGAAGGUUGAAGCUUGAUCCAGUGCCUUUUAGGAGGGAGGGUAUUAAAAAGUAUAAGCAAUAGAUUUGUGGUUUUACACAAAGUAGAUCAUGUUGCAUCUACAGGGAUACAAACGGUCCAUAUUGAAGUGCUGGCUGUUGAUGAUUGGCCUGGAAAGUUGGGGUAAGUGUGUGCAAAGUUGAUUAGAGUAUCCUGGGAGUUUUUUAGUGGUGAAAUUUCAGUCUUUAUCUAACAUCAGCUUGUAAGUCAAGCAUGCAUCAGCUACAAUAAGUGACCCAUGAAACGACGCAGGAAAUGAUCUCAGAGCAAACCUAUUCAGUUUCAACAUAUUACAUGGAACAGAGACCCAAUCCUUCCCACAUUUGGUCACGUAAGCCUGCUUUGACAAAUAAAAACUCUGCUCCACAGCUGUCUAACACUUUCCUUAUAUCAUAUCUCACAUUUUAAGGGUGACUCAUCAGAUUGUAGGUUAAGGCAAGGCGAAGCGCCAUAAAUGUCACAAUGAUUUGUCUCCUCAGAAGUGUAACACACUCAGGCAUGUCAGCAUGCCUCCCCCGAACUCCUCUCUCUGUAUCUAUACAGCCCGGCAUUUAUCCUGCCUUUAACAUGACUAUCAGCGGAUGAGCAGGCGAGGACAUGAAUAGUUACUCAUUUCUCAUUGUCACAGGAAAAGCUGUCCAUUGUUUUGUGUGACUGUGGUGUGAAACAACAAGCGUGACUGCAGGACCGGUUCUUUCUCACUGAAGCCUUUGUAGCUUUGUGUAGUUUGAAAACACUGGUCAGAGUUUGUUGGUGGUUUGUAUUUGGCCUUAUUUAGACUCCAUAAGCGAUUCAAAGCUGGGCGCUUUCAAAAUUAAUGCGUAAAUAUAUAAUUUAAUGCGUUGCUCCAGUCAGCAGAGGCACUGCAGUAAUGUGAAUCCUGGGAUUAGAGUUAAGACGUGUACAACUCUGUGGCACUCUUAAUAUUCUUAGUAGGGUGGGUGAAUCUGAGGGCAUGCAGCCUUACACUGCAUGCAGGGUGGUAAAAUUUGAGUGGUUAUAAUGCUACUGUGGGGAAGAUUUGAGAGUUAGUAUGACCUCUCACUUUUUCUCUCAUUCAUAUUGCUUGUAUCAUCUGUGCUGAUUAGUUGUAUCUUUGAGAUAUGGGUGUACUUGGAUCGCAGAAUUAGACUUUGAAAAACAAGUAGUAGGAUAAAACAAGUCAAGCCACAUGCUAAGAUAUCAAAGCCAAAGGUAUGAGUAACAUCUUGACUCCUGCGGUGGAUUUUUUGAGCACAUUCUCAGUAGGGUUCGUGUCUAUAAGCUGGUUGAGUUAAUUUAUGCGCAACUGAACAUGUGAGACGUCUAUUUGAUCACUCAGUCCUUCAAUAAAGUGUCUCCAGCAGAGCUUUAGCGUGCUUUAGUUUUGACCAAAGAUGACACAACCUCCAAAAAACUCUCAUUAAAAUGCACUUUACUCCAAUGAGUCAUUUCUAAGGUCUCUUUUUACGUCAUUCAUAGAUUUCUGUGGAAAUUCGGUUGAUGGUCUUGUGUGUAAUAGGGAUGGUAUUUUACCUUGUGAUGCUAGUACUAAUGUUAUCAUAAAUAUUUGUUGAACAAGACCUUUGAAAUUAGCAUAAAACUUAUUAGGCAGCACAAAAGAGGGCAUUAUAAACGAUUUGGUAUAGUUUGAAUUAUGACUGUUGUUAUUAGGGCUGCAAUCAAACAAAGGAAUACUUGGUCGACUAAAACCCUGAAAUUUUUGACCAAGAAUCGAAUAGAUUUCCAACUGAUGGCAAACCCUUCUGCUGCGGGGGAUAACGAAGCGCGGCUUGGCGGGUUGAAAAUAUACUGAUAUCAGCACAAGAAGGAAAUUAAACAUUAUUAUAUUCAGCAAACCAUUGGACAUUGAUUAACAUGGACGCUCUUCAAUCUUCCUGUCUCCAGCCAGCCUCCAGUGGGUUUGGCGAAUCCAAAAUGGUGAAAACAAGGGGGGUGUUCUGAGACAGACUGUUACCUGUGAACAUAGACUGUAUAUACUUUGGACAACUUGGUUCUGCCUAUCGCCUGUAUACGGAUUUGAAGCCAAAUAGCUCUCGAUAUUUCCAGGAUUUUUCUUCAUUUCCUGAAACCAGCGCUGCGCAGUAGCGAUGCGCGCAUUCGGCCGCGCAGUCGCCGAGAGUCGCUGUGAUGACGCUUGGCUCAAACAGUGUAUACCUCCCGGGAGAGCUACGCAAUCCCUGAACGCCCAUAGGCUGUAUCAGGUGUUGAUCAUAGCAAACAUGAACCCCCUAAUAAAUUUUAAAAACGGAGCUUCACAGAAAAAACAGGACUUGAGCUCAAACCAGUCUUACAAUAACUGCAUGUCAACAUCACAAGCAGGGGGGAGAAAAAAUUAUGUUCUGUGUAAUAAAUUUCUAAAGUUUGUCCACAGCCCCAUAAGCUUUGCUGGUGGAGGCGGGAUUUAUGACCUAUACUGCAGCCCAUCAACAGAGGGUGCUGUCUCGGAGUGGCUUCACCCAGCAAGGAGGCAGACUCUGUCCAUUCUAUACAGUCUAUGCCUGUGAAAUAGGGGAGCUCUGAAAACACCCCCACUAGCACUUGGUACAUUCCUCCUAAUGAGACUAAGCAUAGACCGUAAAUUGAUGCGGAAAAAAAUCGAAUCGACCAAUCAGAAUUUUGGUUGACUUCGUACAUAUCAACCAAUAAGUUGACCAGUCCACUGGGACUUUACAGCCCUAGUUGUUAUCACUACAAUUUGGAUGGAUGUUCAACAUUCUCUUGACUGGCACAUCACAGACGCUUCUGAACUUUACAGAUUUUGUGUCUUGGCUUAAAUGUGUGAGGUUGAGAUGAUUCUGGUGCAUUCUAAUAACAGUCCUCUCUUUUCUUUUCACAGAGCUUUCAAAGCUGCCGGAGACCAGAAGGUAAGACUCAAUUUGUCUGAGAUACUGAGCACACCUCUGAAUGAACACUUGGAUGCUCUAGCAUGGUCUUCUUCCUCUGGACGCAGUGACAUUGAUCGAUUUUGAAACUUUCUUUGAUGGUAGCUCGCAAUUCGCCUCAACAGUGUGUUGUGUCACUUAGUGUUUAAAUUCAUCUGAUUCACCUGGUUCACCUGUCAAACUCUGAGUCCAUGCACUGUGGAUUAGCAAAGCACCAGUGAGUCACUAAAUGAGUAGUUUGCUGGAUGGAGAGAUGUGUUAUGAAUACUGUUGUCAGAGAUGUGGUAUAUUUUGCAAAGCCUUACACAAUCCCCGGCUUUAAAGUAACACUUAUAUGAAGUUUCAUCGUUGAACUCUGAGAGCUGAUUCUUCCAGUUUGAAACUAUAGCAGUGUCUUGAACUGCUCUUUGCUGCAGUUUACUUUUACUAAAGCAGCAGGAGCAUAAGACUUUAACAAAGUCAAUGUUCCACUUUAGUUCGAGUUCUUUUGCAGCCCAUGCAUUAUUCUGGGUGAGAAAUCUCAUUAGGGAGACAUGUCUGUCAAAUAUGACAAUUUCUCCCUUUGAGCAUGUUCAUUAUAGCUGCAGAAGCAGAUUACUUUGGCCAGACUGUGGCAGACUGCCAGCACAAAUAAAAUGGCUGUGUUCACACAUCUUAAGCAGUUCUUCCGUGUGCAGAAAAAAGCCUGCAGGCUUUGACAAAGUGGCUCCUGCAGCCUGGUGUAAUCAUGAGAAAAAAAUUGGACUGCUCUCAAGCUUUCUUUACAUAAAGUUCGGGAUUGUGUAAGAGCAGAAGGAAGCUUUACUGUGUGUCAAAAUGUCUGACUGCAUGUUGUGCACUGUGCUGCAUUGUGUCCCUCUGCCACACCCUCACAGGACUCACUUGCCGCUUCUGUUCCAAAGUACUCCUUUGCCCCCAGCACAACCAUUAACAAGAUGGCGAGGCCGUUUACAGCAGGUGGUGGUAGUGCCGGCUCAGGACCUGUUAUUAAACCUGUGGCCUACUCGCCUAAACUAAACACUCCCCGCUCACAGGGCCCGGCCAGUGUGCAGCAGCCACAGAAUGGGUAGGUGGAUAAACAGCACAACUUCCUCCAGAACCACAACGGGGACUGGUGUGGUUUUAAUGGUAUUUUUGACCUAAUUGUCCUGGUUUUAUGCUCAAGGAAAAUAAAAACAGCUCCAUGGUUACUAUCUAAUGAUCUUUACCCUCAACAUUGUGCCACAGAUUUUAAGAAACAGUCCAGAAAAAGGUUGACAUAAUACAAAAUAUCCCAGCUCAUUUCUUAGUAUCACUCAAUUCCUCCAUGUCGACGUUAAAACAAGACUGCAAGCAUAUGAUGACUUUUGUAUGAACCUGCUGUGAUAAGCUGUCUCUGCAGAUUUUGCCACAUUAAGCAAAGAAUAAUUGAGGGCAAAUCAGGAGGUUUUCUGCAUUUUAUCCAAACAGAAAUGAUCUUGUCAGCCCAGAUGGAACAGAUGAAAGCAAACAUUUUGUGAGCGUAGCUGACAUUUAAGCUGGCUCCCAGCUUCUUGAACACCUCUGCAGCUGGGUUUAUGUGAUGGCAAAAAAAAGUCUUUUACAGAGAUUUGUGAUGGAUGGGGCAAUAAUCAGCCGCAGGUUUAGGGCCUGGUAAAAUCAGUUCAAUUUUGUGUCUGGACGUGUUUUGGGCUUUCUCGGUGGCUGUAAAAGUCAUGGUUUGAGUGUGUAUUUUAUUCUCAUCUUCUGCUUCAGUUCAUUUCAUCCCCACGUUAUGUGUGGGAGUUGGAUUAAUACAAAGAGAUGCAGCGUUUUAUGAACAUAUGUCCUCUUCUCUGUCACAUAAAAUAAUGACUGAGAGCUUUGAUCACGGUACAUCUUUUAAGCUCCUGUUGCUGCAAAAAUCAUAACAGGGAUACAUUUUAUGGCAUCGAACCAUUUCUGUGAAGGAGCACCUUUUUAUUUUCACAUGUCCUCAAAGUCAGAAUUUAUCAGUCGGGAAUUCUCCACAGUGUCAUCUUGAGAGCAUUAAUAUUUAUUUAAUCGGUUUUCUAUUGUAAAAGGUUGGGUGGUUGUAGGGACUGUGUUGUUUCACCCAGUGCUGAUUGUUGUUUUGAGGCAGUCUUGGUGCUUGUAUUGUGCCAGCUUUGCAAUGAAAUACACUUUCAGCUCCCAUGGUCGGACUCUUCUGCUGUAAUUACAUAAACGAAAUGAAAGUCCUCUGCAGAUUUAUUUUACCACUCAGAUUUUAGAUUUUAUGAGGAUUCCAGUAUUGGAUCAAAACUCGUGGAAAUGAUCCCCAAAGUGGCGCCCUGGCAUGAAAUGGUCCUCAAGGACAAACCAGAGUCAUUCCUGUAAUUUGUGUGUUGGUAGUGGUCUGACUGCAGCCGUUGAUGAGAUGUGGUCUGUUGCUGUAUUUAGCCUCACUCAUAAAUUGUGCUGAGUUCUCACACAGCUUGCUGGAUUAUUUAAGCAGCCUUACUUGAUGCCGAAAAGAGGACUCACAAGUUUCGGUGCAGAUGGCCAAACGCAUUCCUCCGGCCCUCUCUGAGAAGAAUAGAGCCUGAUUAGAGCUGUCAGCACGGUUUUGAUGAAGAUAUUGUUGGAUCCCUCCCGACAGCAAGCAGUUCGAUGCAAACAGCUUAUGUCUAAUGCGUCCUGGCCUGUCUUUUUGAGACUAGUUUUGUGUGAUGUUGUUUGCGCGGAGCUUACUCUGACAUCACAAUGCAUCACUGCCGUGGCAUUUAUCGUUGUUGACAGGGUAUCAGAGCACGAGAAAAAUUAGACUAACUCUGAGGGCGCAGAAAACAAGGCAAAGGUUUUUUCUGUCCGGCUUCUCUUUGGCAGAUUCCACAGACAUUUACAUAACUCUGUCAAGCAUUUGUGCACAUGGGUGAGGGGAGCAUCGGGCUAAAGGUUCGUGCCAAAUCAACUGAGUCAUUUUGGGUCAGGCUGACAAUAGACGAUCUGACGAACAAACAAUGCUGUCUUUCUCUCGCAGAGCCUGUUGACAACGGCUGCAUGUCUCCUGUCACCUCUUGCAUGGUGUGUGCAUCCGACAGUAUUUUGGUCAUCUGUUCUGUAUGAAGUUUGUUAUAAACUGAAAGUCUGUGGUUUUCUGUCUGUUUGACUCAAAAGCAAGCUCUGACGUCUUUCUGUCGUUUUUCUCUUUUCGUCUUGUCUUUUCACGCUACAGGGGGAAACCAUUGAAAAGUUAGUAUAUUUCUUUUCCAUUCACACUCCAGGAUACAAAUUAGGGAUGCACCGAUCCGGGAUGUGAUAUCGGCUCCAAUAUUGACAAAUUAACUGGAUCAGAUAUCUAAUAAAUGAAGCCGAUCCAGCAUUCCAAUCCAGUCUUUAUUUUCUUUUAAUUAAUUUUUCUUUUAAUAUGUGGAAGUCUUACUAAUUUUUACUAUGUGCUAAUGUGCAAUUUGUUAUUUGUUAAUAAAUAAUAUUAAGCAAAUUUAUAUCUGUGUUAAUUUGUUACCUUUUGUGUAACAAGGCUUAUGUCAAGCCUGAUGCCUUCACUCUCAGGGCAAGGUAUACAUUUCAUUCAUUUAACAGUAGUAUUGGAUCGGUAUCGGAUAUUGGAAAAAAAAUGGAUCGGUGCAUCUCUAGGUGUCAUUAAAGUGUCUUUAAUUUGCUAUAACUUUGAGAGGUUGCCAACUCUUUUGCUUUGUUAUCUUUAAGACCUGAAGCAGUGUUCAGAAACUUUCAGCAGUUUCACGUUUUAUUGGUGGUGAUCAACUUAACAUUAUUAGUUAUUAUUAAUUUAAAAUCAUAAUUUGCAAAAUUGUUCAGCUAAAUUAUGUCCAUUUUCUGCCUCUCUAUCUUUAGUAGUAAACCUAAAGUCUAUCUGUCAUCUCCACAUGAGGUUCUCUGUCCCAGUGUUUGCAACAACUGCUCAGCUGCAAUCAGUGCAUCUCUUUCCCUGUUGAUUCACCUGUUUCACUGAACCGUUUGUCAUUUCUCUCUUUGAAUUGGACAAUUUGAAGCUACAGCAGUGAAAACAAGACAUAUUAUCCUAUGUUUAUCCUUCUCCUUAUUGAGUUCUCUCCUGUUAACUUCCAUACCAUUUGUCUUCACUUUCACACUACAGGAGUGAAGCGACUUACUAUGAUGAUAUGUACCAACCGUCCAAGUAAGAGGUGGCUGCAUGAAGGCAUGCAUGCAAGCUUUGAAGGUUCAUUUGAUAUAAAAGGGAAAUGAGCUUUUGUUCUUAGAGUUAGAAAUGAUUAGAAAAGAGAUUUUCAGAUAGAGUCAGAGAUGACAGUUAAUUUGUGACCAAUCAUCUUCAUCCUCUCAUAGUGGUUGAUCAGUGCAUGCUGCAGUUGACCAUGUGGGUAGGAUUUAUUGGAAGUGAAAAGCAUUUAUGCUGCUUCUUUCCGAGUUAAUAAAGAAAUAAGAUAAAGGGAAAGGUAUCCACAAACAAGUCCAGGAGGUAUUAUAUUCUGAUAGUCUGUCAUUUCAUCUAAGGACACCCAUAAAUCUGAUCUCUAAUGUAAUAAAGUGUGCAUAUGAGUGUUUUUAGUGGACCCAUGAGAAAUCUCAGUAAUGGGUAUCCAUUAGUGGGCUUAUUGCCGUGACCGUGAUGCUGAGUGUUAAGUGCUGCAUGAUCUGUUCAGGAUGUCCUCUUGUUUCAAGGUCACAUUAUUAGCGGAGUUGGUGUGAGUGGUUGUCACCUAGAUGGGCUUUUGUUAACCACACCUGCCCUGUGCUGCUGCUGGGUGUGUGCAGGCAUGGCCUCAAGACGGAGGUGCCCUGUUUUAUCCCCAACGACCGCAGCAAAAAGAGGCUGAUUGAGGACACUGAGGACUGGCAGCCCCGCACCGGCACCACCCAGUCCCGCUCCUUCCGCAUCCUGGCUCAGCUCACAGGCACCGACUUCAGUAAGUCGCAGAUCGGGCCCUGACAUCGGUGAAUGAUGGUUUAGGGGUGGGCUUAGUGCAGGUGGGGGCCCGUGAGCGAGCAGCUGAUCUGAUCAGAGUGAGUGACAGGGGAGAGGUGGAUAACAUGGAGUCGAUUUUUCAGCCAUACAGAGACUAUCAGCUGUUUUCAGCAACACCUAUUUUAUCAUGGCUGUACCCAGUCUGAAAGAUCAUCUGCACCUCCACAUGCAGUUUAUUACAGCAGAUGCUGUGCAGGACCAGUAACACUUAUGAUUAGUUUAUUGUGUUUGUGGGUUGUUAUGUGACUCAUUGUUUGUGGUGAAUCCUCAGAGGAUGUGUGUCACCUUUACCAUAAAGGUGUGCUGAUGUGUGUCUCUCUGGAUCUCUCAGUGCAGGACCCAGAUGAUGAAACGAUGAAGAGGGCCAGGUAAAAACUGGAGUGUCCCUAACUUGAAAAUGUCCGACCUCGCUGGUCCCAAGUGUGCGUUUGUGCAUUUGUGAAUGAAAGCUUCACUUUGGCCUUUUAUUUUGUUUUGAAUAUAUAAACAUUUGCAUCUGUCCUUGGUUAAACUGUAGCUUUAAACACAAGCAUGGGUGGUGUCAUUGUAAUAAUCAUUUGUGGUAAAUUGGAACAAGUAUAUCUGCGCUGUGGCUUGUUUUCCUCCAUGUUGCUUAUUGGAGUUCCAACAUACAUAACCACCUUCUUUCUAUUCAACCAGAAGCUUCCUGAAACUCUCAUGUCUGUACUCAAGCUUAUAAGCCUGUAGCAUGCUGUCUUAACUUGGAUGAGGAUAGAAAACAGGAAUCAGUCGACCAGGCUCUGCUGAAGGGCUCCAAAUAUCUUACUGCAUCUGGUUUUAUCUCACCUGACCACAUCGACUUUUUAAUUCCAUAAUCACUGUGAGGCUGUUAUAACUAGCAGACCUUCUGCCACAAGACUUUACCCAGCAAAAAUUUGACAUGUGACUUCCUUACACCACAGUUUAAUACAGCUCCAGACCCAAAAAAAAGGUGGGGAUGCUUUGUCAAAUGUUAGUUAAAGCAGAGUUUGAUGGUUUGCAAAUUGUUCAAAACCAACCCUUUUUAGAAAGUGAGGACAGGGGCUCCAUUUAAUUUGUCAGACCACAGAAUUGUUUUUUUUUCACCUCACUUGAGAAUAAUCAUGUUUAAAAAUAUUUAUCUCUUUGCACGGUUAAAGUUAGGGUUUGAUUGAUUUGUGGAUUCAGUGGCUGGCUGUGUUUACAGACAAUGGUUUUGAAAGCGAUUCUGAACCCAUGCAGUGAUUUGUGCUACAGAGUCAUGUCUGUUUUCAAUGCAGAGCUACCAGAGGGUCCAAAGAUCACAGCAAGCCAGUAGUGAUUUUCUGUCUUCCCCUCUAUUGCACAGAAAUCUUCAAAGACUCCCUGAAUCUCCAAACAUCAUGUGCUGUAGAUGAUGAAAUACUUAAAUUCUUUGUGAUGUUAUAUUCAAGAACAAUAUUCUGACAAUGUUGAACUUUUUGUUCAUGUAGUCUCUCACAGUCUCUUUACUUUUGAGGGACUAAGUCUCUCUUUGCCCUUUUUAUAGCCAGAUAUCUCACUCAUCUGUUUCCUGGUAACCUCAUCAGUUGGGAGACGUUCACACCUCCAGUUGUUCUUAAGCGUUACACAACUUUUUUGAAUCGUUUUGCUCGUGUCAAAUUCACAAUUCGAUGUAGGCUUUUAAUGAUUUACAAACCAUCAGAUUCUAUUUUUUUUCCACAUUUGAAACCAGUAAACAAGAUACACGUUCAUCAGUGAGCUUAAGCUAAGAUAGUUGGAAAAUGUUUAUCACAGUUUUAAAGAGCCAAGUUAUCUGUCUACAGUCUUUGUACUAAACUAAAGUAACUGGCUGCUAGCUGUAGCUUUAUAUUUAUCAGACAUAUACUUAUAAAAGGCAUCAUGUUGUUUAAUACAUGGCAGGAAGCGUAUCUCCUAAACUUAAUAUAUUCCUUUUAAGAUUUGCUUUGAUACUUCUUUCGUCUGUUUAUUCUGUCAUUUCUGUCUCUGCUGUUAUUUCUGUGCUACUUUUUCACCUUUUAUGUAACUUAACUUUACUUCUCUUUUUAUUUGCUCUCUCUUCUACAAUCUGUUUCCACCCUGUCUGUCUCUGUUCCUUGCCGUCAGAGAAAAGUUCCUGAAUGAAAUUCAGAGUCCCCGCUAUGCCCGUCUGAGGGAUUGGCACCACGACAGGUCUGCCCGCGCCCUCAAUAUCAAAUCCUGAGCAACUUCUGAGGCGCCGUGGGAUGCAGAGCCCGCUUGCGAUAGCGACACCGACACGACAAAGACGACUAAGAUAGCUGACCGUCCAAUGGCAGUUAACAAACUCACCUUUCGGAUACAGACGGGGUGAAAAAAAGAAAAGAGAAAAGCAAACCAAAAACAGGAGAAACAUAGUCUAGAUGACAAAGCCCAAAGCGGAACCUUGCAUACUGAGCCUAAGUGUAUGAUCUCCCUCUGAAUUUCUGACUUGAUGAUUGUUGACAACACUGUGGACCACUGUGUCUGUGGCCCUGUUUCCAUUUCACACUGCGUUACUCGGAGUAAACUAGUGAGAAGGUGGAAGGGGUGGUCUCAGCAGUGGGAAGCGCCUUUCUGUUCCUUCUUCUUUGAUUUUGAGUUCAGACCCUCUUUUGAUCUCUGUCUGUCUCUCUCCUCUCUCCCCUCUCUCUUUCUCUCUCUCACUGCCUGUUUUCAUUUAUCCAGUCCUUCAUCCUUGUAGACUACUCAUUUCUGAUCCCCUCAUCUUGUAGGUUUCUCUAACCAUUAAGAAAGAAAAGGAAGAUAAAUCUGUACUUUUGUUUUUUUUUCUGCUGUCAUCAAAAAAAUAUAAAACAUCUGAAAAAAAGCAUCUUCUGCUUCUCUGUCCUUUCUGCCGUGUUUCCUUUCUUCCUGCAUGCUCGAUAUCGAAACUUUGAAGAAUACAGCUCUUGAUAUCAAACUCCUAGUUGGAUAACUACUUAAGCUGACUCACAACACUCUCUUUACUUACCUGAGCAAAAAUGAUUAUGUAGAAGCAAGCGUUUACUUCAUUUACACAGCUUUGAAUUAAUGUAGAGCCUUUCAGAGAUCAGGGUUCAACUUUCUUUUACUGCCUCUGAGAAAAUAUUGUGGUGCAGUGAGGAAAAAAAAACCACACUCAUGAAGUGCAGAGGUGCUCUGUGAGGAACUGCAGUCUUUAGACUGUUGCCCUUAGCUGAAAUAAAAAUAUCCAAGAGUAUUUAAAACCCAAUAAAAGAGCACGUUUAUCAUAUUUGGAGCUCCAGCUGAGUAAUUGAUGCAGUUCUGUGGCUCUGAAGGAAGGAGAAGAUCUGAGUGAAUCACACAGAAGACUUGAAGAAUGAUCAAUUAGAGUAAUCAGACAAACUGUUUCCAGGCAUUUUUAUCACACUCAUUUGAAUGUAUAAACAUAACUAUCAAAAAAAUAAUUAGGCAAAUUUUCUGAAUAUUGUCUGUGGAAAAAUACGGACUGUGCUUUGGCGAUGUGUUGGCCUCGGGCAGACUGUGGGGGUCAUUGAUAGUUUUAAAAGAAUAUUGGCUGAUGUGAUGGAUACACGUGAAUAGAAAAAGCCAAGCCCUCAAGAACUUUAAGAAAUGAUUAUUUUUUCAUGAUAUUAUGCAACUAAACUGGGUUAAAAAGGGAGGGGAAAGGGAAACGGUGAUGACUUUCCUAAAUGGCAUGUGAGCUAGUUCAGGCAGACAACCUAAGAGCUCCUGAGAGGAACUGUCUUUGUGGAUUUCUGCAACCCCAGUGGACAAUGUGGAACAUCUUAUCUCUUUGAUUAGGGCUGAUACAUGAGUAUGUGUGGAAAGAUUUCAUUCUGCUCUUUUUUAACAGAGACUCUGUGACUCUUUACCAUGUGUAAUGAAAAACAAGGCUGUUUAUGCAGCACACUGUUAGUCUGCUGAUCUGCGCCAGAGGUGUCAGGUAUUAAAAACAAGUAUAUUAAAAUAACCAUUAGUUAAUCUUUGAACAAGAAUUUAAAAUAGUUAUUAGUUAAUCUUUAUACAUGUGGUCAUUUUUGCUCAUAGAGAAACAUUCAUUUUGGCCUGUUUGAAAAACAGUUAAAAACUCCACCCCAGAGCUUUGGAGCUGCAGCGUUUACACAUUCAACAAAUGUUAUUUUCACAUUCAUCUUUCAAACCCUGCCCCUCAGUUUGGCAGCCAAUCAUCAAACUGCUAAGUUUUUGGUCUUUUUCUGCUAUGUCAUUACCACUGUUGCCCAUAUCAGGACUCACCUCAUACUUUAGCUCUGCCUUUCCCCCAAGCAUCCACCUGCAGGCUCUGGCUGUGUGGGGUUCAAGAUAUCAUCUCCUCACUCCUUAAAUUUCUGCAUGUGAAAUAACCUGAGAAGAUGAGUGCCUAGAUAACAUACAAACAAUACUUCCUGGUGGUAUAGAUAACCUUAAAGGGAUAUUCUGGCGUAAAAUUAAUUUAGGGUCAAACACACUGUAACACCGAGUUAGACACCCCGUCGAGAGAUGAAUGUUGCAGACCGCUUACUUCUCCAGUUAUACCAACUUUAGCAAUGACCGCACAAUAGCAAUACACGGCGGUCUAUGGCUCCAUGUGCACACCUCAACAAGAAGCCACUCUAUAGCCACAAAUAAUGCUCAGAACAGCAGCUGCUUAUUUGCAGCGGGGUGACACAGCUCAAGGAAGAACAUUUAUGAUCAUUUCUUCAUGGAAAUGCAAUCAGACUGAGACGUUAAGGCAGAAGAACUACCGCGUCUGCAGUGCAAAAUGAUUAAUCCGAUUAUUAUUACUUCAAGGAAAUGAUGAAGAAAUUGUCAUAAAUGUUUUUACUUGAGCUGCGUCACCCCGCAGCAGUCCAUAAUGGACUGGCCCAAGGUCUGGCUACAAACAAGUGGCUGCUGGAAGAGAGUAGGUGAGUUGUGUUUAGUCUCUUUGCUAAAGAAAUCAGGCAAAGCUAAAAGAUGUUUUGUGGCUUGUGGUCUGGCUACGACCCUACAUGUACUGUUGAUGAAGUUAGGUGCUGUUCUGAGCAUUAUUUGUGGCUAUAGAGUGGCGUUUUGGUUGAGGUUUGUUGAUGGCUCCUUACACCACUGUGUAUUACUAUCUGCGGUCGUUACUAAAGUUGGUAUAGCUAGAGAAACAAGUGGUUGGCAACAUUUAUCUCUCGAGGGGGUGUCUAACUCAGUGUUACGGUGUGUUUGACCCUAAAUUAAUUUUAUACCGGAAUGUCCCUUUUAAUGUCUGACUGGAUAAAAGCACCAAUGAUCCAUGAUCCAUGAUCCAAUGAUCCAUCCAUCCAUCACCAUGAACAAGUGUAAUACUAGUUUGACUUUGGCCUACAUGAUAGAGGUCAUACAGACAGCAGAUAGGGAACCUCAUCACACCUUUGUCUAGUUAGAAUCAGUCACCCAUUAAAAGGAUUUGUAGAAAUCUUUUUAAAAAAAGUAACAUUAUAGUGAGAAGUGGAUUAUUUGAGUAGAAAAUGCAGCUUUUGUUUUGCCUCAUGAUGAGAAAAAUCAGUUACAGCCUCUACACAUCAAGACAACCGAGUGAGCUUGUUGAAACAUUAGAAAGCUGGAGCAGAAAAUCUGUGCUUCUCCCCGACCUGUGCCACAUUGUUUGACAUUUUGUCAGUUGUCACAUGCACACUCUGCAUCACUUUCACCUCCUCUCCGUGGAGGGUGACACAUGUCAGGGGCUUCGUGCUCCAUCUGAAAUCACAAUCUGCUCCUUCCUCUGCCGGAUGUUGAGCUGCCAAAAAAACCCUCCUACUUCCCUUGUUGCUCCAGUAGAUGCUCCCCAAGGGAGAGGAAGCUGAGAAAUAAAGAAACACACACACACACACACACACACACACACACACACACACACACACACACACACACACACACACACACACACACACACACACACACACACACACACACAAAAAAAAAAAAACAGCUGAAGAAACUGAAAUCAGAGGUCUUAAGGGUGAGCAGGAAAUGUCAAGGAAACAUACCACGGGGUGCUGCUCUGCCUCAUGUCCAAAAGUCUGUGUAGAGGCAAAAAAAAAAAAAUCUGUCUCCCCUGUCAUAUGAUGCUGAAAAUGUGCACCUGCAUUUUGCCAGGCCUCUCACUGAGCAGAAGAGGGGAAAGAUGCUGAAAGCAAUGAAUAUGUCAGGAAAACAUGAUCCCAGCUGCUCGGGGUGGGAGUUCAGAUGCUCCCCAAUUUGCACCUGCAGCCUUCAGCAGAGUGAACCAAACAAACCUCACUGAGGUGUGCAAGAUAUCGGGGCGAUGAUGUCAUGUAGGGCAGAACAGCAGGGGUGUAGCUGGGGCGGCUGUGUUGACCUGGAUGCAUUUUUUUACCUGUUGUUAGUCAGGGUCUCAGGGGUUGAAGGCUGCUGACCGAGGGCCUGUAUGUUAAACAGGCUGAAACUGUUUUUGUUUUCCGUCCUUUUUUUGACCCUGAACUCCUCAGAUCCUUCUUAUCCUGCCUCGCCUUUUCUGUAGUUUUCUUUCUAAAAAUCUCCUGGUGUGGGGUUGGGGUGAGCUGCGCGGGGGGUCGUCCUACAUUCCUUAAUUUUGGAAGAUUUAACUUCUUCCCUGUCACCAUCCCUGAAAGCCAUCCUCUUGCAAUAGCAGGGGGAUUUAAUGUUCUUUAUUAUUCAGAGUAUGCUGCUUGAAAAGUAGCAGAUGGUUUUUAUCCUUCUCCAUGUCAGAUGGCUCCGAGCUGUAAGUCUGUAACUUCUCCUGCCUCUGUAACUUCUUUUGUUUAGUUGUUUGGCUUCACAAGGAGGAUAAUUAAAAGGCAGACUUAACCUGAUAGAGGCGAUGCUACACAACAAGGCUGUCGCUGGAUAAUUCAUUUCACAUUCUCUUCUUCUUCUUUGCAAAUGAGACAUGAUUUCAUCAUCUUUCAUUAGUGUAUUGUAGAUGGCACAGUUGAUGAUGUAAACAUGAUAGAUGCCUAAGGCACUGUUAUUUUUUUCCCCCAAGAUGAGACGUCUCCAGAGCUUACUGUCUUGGCUCAGAAGUUGUUUUUCUGUCUCAGUCAUGGUUUGAAGAUUUUCUGAAUAUAGUGACGCUUGCUGCGGGUAACAAAACUUUGAAAUGUAGAAACAGCUUUUUAUUUCAACACUUCUGCACAUGCAGGCUUGAAGCGAAACUCGUCUGCAUUCAAAUCUGACAGCGCAAUGUGCGCAGGGUUACUAAAAGUUACUAAAACUUUGUGUGUGAGUGACGUCAAUCACUCAAUCAAUCCGACCUGUUCUUGUUAGGAAAGUGGCUCUGGUAUCAUUUUAAUGCAGAGCUGAGAAUCAUCUGCAUGGACAGAACACCACAGUGUCUAUUUGGCAUCGAUAGUAAACGCGCCGAGUAAUUUUGUUUCACAAAGGCCUGUGUAAUCAUGACAAACAGGCUGCAGAUCAGUUUGAGCUCUAAAACAGACACUGGCUCAGCUUCUCUUGCCACAACAGGUAAGAGACACAUUUGAUGUGACAAUUGUUGUUGUGAUAAUGUCGAGGAUUUUUUACAUGGAGGGAAAUCUGUGGCACAAUGUAACGCAGAAGGCCUAGUCCACUUACAUCUACGCAUGAUGUUCGUUAAGAAGUAACCAUGGUUACAGAGGUCUCUGUGUCUCUAAGAGUGUGCACGUGUAUGUACCUUUUCUAAUUAGUCAUUUUCUCCCCACAGCCUCGAGCCAACUCCCUCACCUGCCAAGGCCCAGGCAGCAGAUAAACCAGAUGGUGAGUUUCUGCUCCUGCUGGUGCGUUGAAAGAAGCCCAGCAGCCUGCAGCAGAGGUUGUGCUAAUAGAUUCUUAUUAAGUGUCAAUACAUACUCAUCAGCAGCUACCGUGUAAGGCACCAAACUGUUAUAGCAUACAUCUGAAGGGAGUGUGUACGUUACAUUGAAGUGUCCCUUACCUGGUGUGAAAAGAUCUAAAGACACGGACACAUUCAUGUCAGUACAGUCACUGUAAAACGAAACACUGUUUUCCUCUCUGCUCCAGGAUCAAAGACUGCAGCUGCAGCAGAGGGCUGUUCAGGUCUGUCAAAUCGACCACCGUGGGUCACUGACCCCAGUUUUGCCGAUCGCUUUCGCCCAGACAAGACCAGCACCGUGGUGACCCAGCAUCAGCAGCCGGUCCAACCGACGCCCAUGCAGAACCGCAGCUCCAUCCUGCAGGCAGCGCAGCAGGCGCCCGAAGACAGCGGGAGGACCCCCCUAUGUGGUGCCUGCAACAAAAUCAUAAGGUGAGACAGCACAUCUGUUGUGACAGCUUGAUUUAUUUUAGCAGAGUGAAAAAGUCUGAAUGUUUGCUCCUUUCAAAGCGCUGUCAGAGGAAUGACACGUCAUUUGAAGACAGUUAAUGUGAACGAUGACAGACUUCUGCACACUUAGUCAGUCAGCAUAAUUAACACAGACGUCUUAUCACACCAGACAAGCAUUAAGCUGACUUUGAAAUAAUUUAAAUCUCAUUUCACACAUUUCACAGAUAAGAGUGAAACCUUGGUUCUAAUUCUGGUCACUGUUUUAGGUAAAGAGCAGAGCUGCUUUUCAACAACCCCGUUUUAAAAGGAGCUGAAAACGUGUUGUUGUUGUUUUAUUCAUCCCAAAAAGAGCAAACCCUCUAAUCGUAUUUUCUCUAUUGAACUGGAUAAGUGUCUAGUAGACUUAAAAAAACACCUCUGAUGUGCUGUAUGAGUCUGACUGUGAGUCUGCAUGUUUUUCAGGGGUCGGUACCUGGUGGCGCUGGGACGCUCUUGGCACCCGGAGGAGUUUACAUGUUCGCAGUGCAAGGCAGUGCUGGAUGAGGGGGGCUUCUUCGAGGAGAGAGGGUCUGUCUACUGUACCAAGUGCCACGAUAACCGAUAUGCUCCGAACUGCGCCAAAUGCAAAAAGAAGAUCACUGGGGUAAGAACUGCAGAGAUAACACAAAAUCCUAACCUUAACCCUAACCAGGAGAUUUCAGGGAUUUAUAACGAGUAGAGACACUCAACACCCAGAUGGUUCUGGUGUCUUCUGUUCUCUGUGAUUUCUCCUUACUAAAUUAUGAGAGUUGGCUUUCCUCUACUUCAGCAACAUCAGCUGAGCACAGAACUAAAAAAUUUACAACCUUGUCUCACUUUAUUAGGAAAUCAUGCAUGCCUUGAAGAUGACCUACCAUGUGCAGUGUUUCAAGUGUGCAGCCUGCAAGAACCCCAUCAGGAACCAAGCCUUUUAUAUGGAGGAGGGAGAGCCGUACUGUGAGAGAGGUCAGUCAAUAAUCCACUCUUUGAGCGGAGCAUUUUUAACAGAAACGUCCCUCUUUAUUUAGCAAAAAAAAGAAAAUCUGAAUUUGGGACUAAAAGAAAAUUAAACUCAUUGGGUUUUUCAGAAAGUAUUGGCACUGUAAAGCAUCAACAAACAUUUAAGUUUAGGUACAGAAAAAAAAAAAACGUUUGAAACCUUAUCCUCCACUUUUAUAAUUUAUAAAGAUACUGAUAAUUAAACCAGUGAGACCAGUGUGUAGUAGAGAGCAGAGUAGAAUUUCCUCUAAUUAAGUCAAUUCAGUGAGGACUUAAUGUACAGCGAGCAGGUGGUUAUGCUAAUUAGAAAUCGAGCAGGAAGAGCUGGAUCUUCAAUCAAAGCUGCCAACUAAAACUUUAGAGAAGUUGAUACAAAAUACUGGUUUAAAAACCAUCUUGUUGAUCUAAAAAUCCUCUUUGUAUAAAGUUUAGAAAAAUCAAGUUUUGAAUUAAUUAAUAUCAAUAGCUGUGUGAGGGCACAUGGGCACAAAUAACUGAAUUAAUGCCCGAUCGGAAUAAAAAUGCUUCAUGUAAACAUGUCAAUCGGAAGAUUCUGAUCCAAUGCAGCUCAACUGGAAAGAAAUUGUAUUCCAAUCGAGAGGAGUGGUUGAUGCUGAUCGUUAUUUCGAAACGUGCCCAUGUAAACACUUAUCCCGAUCGUGACUCUCUUACCUGACUGGAUCUUCACUCUUUAGCCUUUCUCUUAUUUUUUUAGGCCAGUACAAGGUGCCGUGUCUGCUCCUCCAGUAACAUAACGAGGCGUACAUACAGCGUCAUGAUGUCACACCUGCACGCACAGUGCACAAGGGCGCCAUCUAGUGACAACAUUUAAAAGAGGAAAAACUCCUGAGUUGAAUGGAGUGAGCCACUACCGCGUUUGUUGGUUUGUUGACAGCACAGGCGUAAAUACAGCUCUUCUUCUGUGGUUGUUUUAGUGAAAUCAGACAACCCUGCACAUGUCAAAUUGCUUCUAAUCUGAAUACAGCUUGGUGCAUGUAAACACACAUCACGAUCUGAUUAUUUGAUUUUGCACCCAUAUAAGCAGUGGAUUCAGAUUUUCCGAUCCCUCAAAUUUUGAAUCGGAUAAAGAAAUUUUGCACAUGUAAACGUGGCUAGUUUUAGCUUUUGACCAGUCAGAUUUAAGGAUUUAAUAUGGCUAUUGAAUGCAUCAAUUUCUAGACAGUGUUGUUGUGUCAUUUCCACUCAAACUAUCUUUUCGAACACCCGUAAGACAUGAAAGUGUCCCUCUCAAAAUAACACAUGAUCAGACCGUGCAGUCAUGAGAAGAUCACCACCAUAAUGAAGUUUGUGCAACUCUCACUGGGUGUUGACUUUAACUGGAGCUCCAUGCCUUCCUCUUAAUAAAACAACAUUUCCUGUCACACAUUCUUCAGACUUAAUAAAGGAGAUGAAACCAUCUCCAUGGUGAAAAAUCUACUGCCGGCAACAAAGACAAACAUCAUAUGAGAGAUGUUUCCAGAGGGGGAAUUGAACACAAACAGUAGCAGGGGUUUCUACCAUGGCUGAGCAGACAGUAAGACAGGGAGAAAUACAAAGUUCUAACAGAAAAUGAAACUCUAAAUCUGAUUUAAAGCCAGGCGGUAUUUUAAGUUCGAGGAUUCUGAGCAUGCUGUUUCCCUCGCUGGUGUUUCAUGUUUUCUACUAAAGCACAGUGUGCACAUUGAUUAGUUCCAGAACCAGCUGAGAACAUCUCAGCCCAUGUCAGACCCCCCUGUAACCUCACACACCGAUCAAGCCCUCGCACAUUAAUCAGAAGUCUGCACCAGGCCCUGAGAACAUGAAUGAGGGGGAGCUGACAUCCCGACACGAGGCUAUAAACCUGUGAUCGAGCCCAUUUGAUCAACGAUGUCACUUUCUUUCUGCUCUAAAUGGAUGCCAUGGCUGAGUACAGUUCGGUUCAGUUUGGGGCUCAUAACAGACGCCGGGUGAUUCAGAGCUCACGCCGGGUGCUUCUUGUGAUAAAGUUGUUUAAUUUUAGAAAAACAGCUCACUGCAGGGUGUCCCCACUGCAGCUGUGCGUUGACUCACAUUCAUAUUUUUUUUAUCAAGCUAUUUGUAAACCAUCACUUGUUUGUAUUAUUGCUGUGGGCUUUGGCAUGAGUCUACAUCAUGAAUCUCUUGGCACUCUCCACAGUCAAUCAUAAAGUGUGAUGUUUUCAUCUGCUGUAAUCUAUUUAGCUCCAGUUUACUUCAUACAUUUCUCUAUUGAGUUUUAUGAAUGGCGUGUGCGCUUCUAUUAUGCUGUAAAUGAUUUAGCAGGGCAGCGUGUUUCUCUCUGCCACUGCUGAGGCUCUGACGUGGAGCGCUGCUUUAUCAGAGAAGAAGUGCUCACACUCUGAAUAAUGCCGUCAGCUCUGAUAAACAUUGUGCUGCCUCAGCAUCUUUCAGGGAUUGUGCUGCUCUCACCCACUCACUGUGGAGAAGCAGCAUUAUAACCUGACACUCUCCCCUGAGUGCCUGUGAUGAAAGAGACUGGCAAAUCCAGUUAAGUAUCUGGAGCAGUUUUUCCUCAUCCUAAUCCCCUCACCCCCCAACGCACACGUGCACGCACACACACACAAAGAACUCGAAUGUGCAGUAGGUGGACAAAAUAAUGCAAACAGUAAAGUAUUGAAUUUUACAACAAGGGGCAGAGCCAAAAUUUGACUACCAAACAGCUCCAUCCAUCUUUAUUGCUGUCAUUCAAGUCCUGGACUGUGUGAGUGCGUGUGCAUGUGUGUGUAGCAGGAUAUUACUUCUCUUAAAGAGGAAAAGCCUCCAGUUCUUAAAAAGAUGAAAGAGGUGGAAACCUAUUUCACACUCUGUGCUCCAGAACAUCCCAUAAAGGUUAAGUGGUGUUUACGUAUGGUGAUUGUGGAGGCCACAGAGGAUGCUUGACCUGAUCUCUGUGAUGAUAAAAGCACUCCUGGAUAAGUUUUAUUAUUUUAUUCUGGUGGUUAUCUCUGCCGCUCACCUCCUCUCCUGCCUUCACCUCUCCCUCUACAGACUUUGAGAAGAUGUUUGGCACCAAAUGCCAUGGCUGUGACUUUAAGAUUGAUGCAGGCGAUCGGUUUCUGGAGGCCUUGGGCUACAGCUGGCACGAUACGUGCUUCGUCUGUGCUGUAAGUCAUUUUGAUUGAUACUGCUCCCUGUGGGGCUCUUUGCCCCAUCUCUCUAGCUGUCCCUGCACAAUGCCACCUGAAAAAUCUGCCUCAGCCCCUGGACCUUGAGCUCUCUCCUCUGUCUUUCUCUUUUACCCUGUCACCCGCAGUCUAUCACUCUCUCCAUCUCCCUUUAUUCUGAGAAGAAAACUGAGAGUAAAUGCAGUCAAGUAAAUAACAUGCGCCUGCCGUGGCCAGAAGAAAGCAGUGUAAACUCAUAUUGCCAAUGUUAAGGUCUGAUAUCUUCUCUGCCCCGGUUUCUUUCUGUCUCUCUCUGUCUGUCCGCUUUCAUCUUUAAAGCUCUGCCAGAUCAACCUGGAGGGGAAGACGUUCUACUCAAAGAAGGAUAAGCCCCUGUGCAAAGGCCAUGCCUUCGCUCCAGUGUGAGAGAGUGAGCUCCAUCUUCAGAGGAAAAAACACUUCUCUCUUUCUCAACCAUCUUUACCCUCAUCUGCUCCCAGACACACUCUACAUCUUCUCUUCUUUGCCGACACACACCUAUUUACCCUGUCUUUUUAUACUCUGCAGACUAUGUUUUUAUAUUUGAGGCUUAAUGUAGCUUCAUGUGCUGUUAGGACAGUUCAAAAGUAUCUGCCUGUAUUACUAAAGUGCUGUGUUGUUGUAUAACUGGAAGUAGACGAGGGAUUAAUUCAUGUCAUCGCUAACUUGUGGACUUUGGAGUCAUAUUCAGAUUAAAAAUGCAGCAGCAGUUCUUCCACGUUUAAUUGUAGUUGUUAGCAGAAAAUUACUCCGCUCAGCUAAUCUCCUCCUUGUUCAGUCUAAAAUAAGAUCAAGUCAGUUUCCUUCAAGUUGGAGGAGUCGUUUAGCCUCUAAUAAUUUCACAUAUUGCAGUAAUGUACUCCUGUGCUAAGUGCAGACAAGAGGUGGCUUCUUUCAGGACCCCGGCCCACUCACUGACACUCACCGCGGUGCCUAUUAACGUAAUGGCGGUGCAGUCGAGUAGAAAGAGGGAUGCCCCAUUUCUGCCAGACUGGACCCCUGCACCUCUCCACAGAAGCACCAGCUGCCUCAUUUCUCUCUCUGGCUUGAGGAAACCGGAGCACACGCACACAGCAGGUAUUAAUAGCAGUAUGUGGCCAAGAGUAGUUUUAAGUCAUGUAAUUAUCCUUAAUAAUCUCACAAGUUGACAGAGGAAAGCUUGACGAUGUUUCACACUCCCAAAGUAAGGAGAUUUCUCAAAGCGUUGAAACCAUCAUGUAUUAGAGAGUUGAAUGCAAAGAAAAUCUGUUACUCUGAUGCUGUGAUUGUUCCUUGGUUUACUUUCAUGCGGUGUUAAAUAUGUAUUUAUAUUGCUUCAGAUUGGGCCUGUAAGUGUUGUUUUUAUAGCUGCUGGAUGUUUCAAAUAAAAUUAAUUAGUAAUACCACAUGCUGGGGCAGAUCACUGAGCUGAAUCCAUCUGUAAGAUUUUCUGCUGACUGAUGUUUUGGCUGCUUUUGUUUCCGCUAACAGCUGCUCCCCAACAACGGGACACUGGACUUCCAAAUGUUUCUCCUUGUUGUGGGUACAAGAAGAGGGCUUUAAAAGUGAUUUUUAUUCACACAAGCAGAUGCACUUCUGCUACAAAAACAGUUGUGAGAGCUGUAGGGCUUACAGUCAUUCCUGACUGACUGGGUGGUGGAAACUCAAAAGUAAACAUGUGAGUUUGCUUAUCAAUGUUUAUGCUUUGCAAAUGAUGGAUUAAUUUACUUAGUUUUGCUGCUCCAUUGAUUGAUAAACUUUAAAUCUAUAUUUUAAUGGCAGCUGUCCCAGCUCACAACAACAUCAAAACAUAAUAGCCAGAUUUAAACUGUCAGGGAUUACUCUGGUAACCUUGAGAUUUGAAACUAAUUUGACUUUUUUUAACCAGUGAAAUUAAUAGUGUUCAGGGAUUACUUUGAAAUGUAUAUACAUGUUUGUGUUCUUUGUUAUUUCUCAUCUCUUGCAAGUCACUCUGGUGGUAUAACACUCCAGCUUAUAGUCUUUGUUACAGAUGGCAGCCGCUGUUUCAACAAACUCGCCAAAUAGGAAUUACCAGUGAUUUAUUAUAGUACAAAUCUAAAGCUCCUGUAAGCAACUUUUGGUUUGCCUUGAUUUUGCCCCCUGCAGACAAAGUGGAAUCUAGGGCUGGGUGAUAAACUGAAAAUUUACCAAUUCCAGAAUUUACAACAAUAACCAAUGUCAUUUGGCCCAUGUCAAUAUAUUUGGUGUCAAAAAAAGUUGGUUUUGGAUGUGUGUAGGUAGGCUAUGGUCUUAUUCCUACGUCAGAGAUGUGACUCCACCCCAUCCGGUCCGUAACAAAGAGGGAAAGACAGGUGAGGAGAUGGAGGACGGUUCAAGUAGACGAAGUUAAUGUGGGAGUGGGUGAGCAGCUUGUGGAGUAGUUAUCCUCCAUUUAUUGUUAUCGAGGUGGACUGCUCAAUAUAUCGUGAUAUUGAUUUGAGGCCAUAUCGCCCAGCCCUAGUGUAACCUCUAUUCUCUUGUUUUGUACACGUUUAGGUGGUGCUUUCUAAUUAAAUCUGCUGUCUUUCAAACAGCCAGAAUCACGUAAAUCUUUGUUGUGGUGGAUGGCAGAGUUUUUUUUCAGCUAAUAACUCCCUUUAGUAGCUUUUACAUGACCUGAAGCUUUUUCAAGAUAUGGACUCUUCUAGCCCAACACAUUGUACCUAAACGUCGAAAAUAAAAGCAUCUAAUUAAAACACGCACACACAAAAAGACAUAAAAA